AUGGAAUCAAGGAACCAAACAUUGGUUGUGGAAUUCCUUCUCCUGGGACUUUCAGAAGAUCCAGAAUUGCAGCCUCUCAUCUUCAUAUUAUUCCUCUCUGUGUACUUGGUCACAGUCAGUGGAAACCUACUGAUUGUGCUGGCCAUCCUCUCUGAUCCACACCUCCACACGCCCAUGUACUUCUUCCUCGCUAACUUGUCCAUGGUGGACAUCUGCUUCACCUCCACCACCAUCCCCAAGAUGCUGGUGAACAUCCAGAUGCAGAGCAGAGCCAUCAGCUAUGCAGGCUGCACCACGCAGAUGUUCUUCUUUCUCCUAUUUGGAGAUUUGGAUGACUUUCUUCUGGCUGUAAUGGCCUAUGAUCGGUUUGUGGCCAUCUGCCAUCCUCUGCACUAUUCAGUCAUCAUGAACCCCCAUCUCUGUGUGCAGCUGGUUCUGGUGUGCUGGAUCAUCAGUGUCCUGCCUGCAUUUUUAAACAGCUUACUGGUGCUGAGGCUGAGUUUCUGCACACAUGUGGCAAUCCCUCACUUUUUCUGUGAAUUGAAUCAGGUUAUUAAUAGAGCCUGUUCUGACACCUUUCUUAAUGACCUCAUGAUGUAUUUUGCAACUGUGCUGGGAGGAGGUCCCCUGGCUGGAAUCCUGUACUCUUACUCCAAGAUUGUCUACUCCAUCUGUGCCAUCUCGUCAGCUCGGGGCAAGUAUAAAGCCUUUUCCACCUGUGCCUCUCACCUCUCUGUUGUUUCCUUGUUUUAUGGAACAGCACUGGGUGUAUAUCUCAGUUCAACUGCUACGCAAAACUCACACUCAACUGCAGCAGCCUCGGUUAUUUAUACCGUGGUCACCCCCAUGUUGAACCCCUUCAUCUACAGUCUCAGGAAUAACGAUAUCCAGAGGGCUCUCACCCUCUUGAUUACUUAG